AUGUAUUUAUUUAUCUAUCUACCUGUCUAUAUCAGUCUUUUCAUCUAUCUAUCUCAAUUUGUUCCUAUCUAUCUAUCUAUAUCUAUCUAUCUAAUACAAGCAGCGGAAGCGAUCCAAGCAGGACCAGCAGCAGCAGCAAUAACAAAAGCACAAAAGCACAAAGACCAGCGAAAGUUGUCUCAACAGGAUCAGCAGCAGCAGCGAUUGACACAACUCCUCAAAGACCAUCAGCAGCAGCCGCAGCAACAGCAGACAGAGUUGUCGCACCUGGAUAGCGACAUUGAGAAGUUAUGUCUGGCCGAAGUAGAGCGGAGAAAUCCGCUGACAAAGGUCAGUACAAAUCUACCCCUACUUCGCCGGCAAAAUCAUCGAUCCAGAGGACAAAGUACUGCUCUCUCUCUCUCUCUCUCUCUCUCUCUCUCUCUCUCUCUCUCUCUCUCUCUGUUCUGUGACCCUUCCCUUCUUGUUGCCGAUCACAGCUCUCCACAAUUUCCUGUCCUUUGA